AUGACUCUUAUCACAAACAACAUAACACUCGAUUUGGUUGCAAUCAUCGCAACAUUUCUCGUUGGGAUAAUUGUUUAUUUCAAAUGGCAAUUAUCGUACUGGGAUCGACUAGGAGUACCCAGUUUAAAUCCUACGUUAGUUUUCGGCGACUUUAAGAACUACAUUUUUGCGAAAUGUUCCCUGGGUGAGCAAUUUAAGGAAUUGUAUGACCAAUUUAAAUCAAAGGGCUACAAACACGGUGGAGUUUUCGUGGGCCCAAAACCCUUCUAUGUUCCAAUAGAUCCAGAAAUCGUACAGCAUAUUAUGCAAAAAGAUUUCCAUCAUUUCAUGAACCAUGGCAAUUAUUUCGACGAAAAUGCCGAUCCAUUAAGUGGACAUUUGUUCAAUUUGGAAGAUUCAAAAUGGAAAAAUAUGAGAGUUAAACUAACACCGACUUUUACAUCUGGAAAAAUAAAGAUGAUGUUCCAAACUUUGGCCGAUUGUACUCGAGGUCUUGACGAAAUUAUGUACAAUUCAGCCUUAAAUCACGCCCCGGCUGAUAUCAAGGAUAUUUUGGGACGUUUCACUACUGAUAUAAUUGGAUCAAUCGCUUUUGGUAUCGAGUGUAAUAGUCUUAAAAACCCUGACGCUGAGUUUAGAAAAUACGGCCGAAGAGUAUUCGAAGUUGGAAUUAUAGACAGAAUUAAAAUAAUCUGCAUACUUGCGUUACCUGACUCUGUACUUAGGUUAUUGAAACUUAAAUUUACCAAAUCUGAUGUUGAAAAUUUCUUCAUGAAUGCUAUUCGUGAUACAGUCAACUAUCGAGAGAAAAAUAACAUAUAUCGGAAAGAUUUUAUGCAUUUAUUGCUUCAAUUGAAAAACCGCGGUUCGGUCACAGACGAUGAAAAAGUUACAGAUGAUAAAGACAACGUAAAAGAAAAAGCUUUGACUUUAAACGAACUCUCAGCACAAGCUUUCGUUUUCUUUUUGGCCGGCUUUGAGACAUCAUCGACGACAAUGACUUGGGCCUUAUACGAACUGGCAACAAAUCAGGACGUACAGGAAAAAUUAAGAAACGAAAUAAAUAAUGUUUUGAGCAGACACGACAAUAAACUGACUUAUGAAGCGAUGAUGGAAAUGACUUACAUGGAAAAAGUUAUUCAUGAAACUUUGCGAAAAUAUCCUCCGCUGCCAAUUCUCACAAGAAAGUGCAACAAGGAUUACACAAUUCCUAACACUUGUAUUAAACUACGUCGAGGUACUACAGUCGCUAUUCCAGUCUUGGGACUUCACACCGAUCCUGAAUAUUAUUCAAACCCGGAAAAAUUCGAUCCUGAACAUUUCAGUGAAGAAAAUGUUAAGUCAAGACCCGGAUUUACUUGGCUUCCUUUUGGUGACGGUCCCAGAAUUUGCAUUGGUUUGAGAUUCGGAAUGUUACAGAGCAAAGUUGGUUUGACGGCAAUUUUAAAAAAUUAUAAAGUCACACUGAGCAACAAAACGAAAUUUCCAGUCACACUGGAUCCAAAAUCUUUUAUUACGACGGCAAAAGAUGGAAUUUGGUUGGAUGUAAAAAAACUGGAUUGAGGCAAAAAUAAUUACGAGUACAAGUACUUGAGUAUUUUUGUUUUUUCAUUACAUUACUCAUUACAUUACAUUACUCCUCACAUAAGUUUUAUAACCCUUGUCCCCAAUUAAAAAUAAAUUUUGUAAUUAAAAUAAUUUUAAAAAGCAAAA